GUGUAUAAAUAACAGUUACUGCUGGAUCAGUUUAUCAAUGGCGAACUAGUAACAGUUAUUUCCAGCCAAAAUCUAAAUAUUUUUGCAAUAUAUGUUUUAUUGACCAAUUCGUUCGCAAGUCACCUGGAUUAUUUUUUUGUAUACACUGGAAAUAAAAAGGAGAUCUUUGAAAGCGACGAAAAUGAAGUACAUUAUAGGAAUUGGCGGUGUCACAAAUGGUGGUAAAACCACUCUGACCAACAAACUGAUCAAGUCCUUGCCCAACUGUUGUGUCGUGCACCAGGACGACUUUUUCAAGAAACCCGAUCAGAUAGAAGUCGGGGACGACGGAUUUAGACAGUGGGAUGUCAUCACAGCCCUGGAUAUGGACGCCAUGACCAACACCAUCAAGGGCUGGGUGGAGAAUCCGGCUAAGUUUGCCCGUACCCACGGUGUCACCGUGUCCAACACCUCCCACAUGAGCGGCGGUGAGGAGCAGGUUCACAUCCUGAUCGUCGAGGGAUUUCUACUGUACAACUACCAGCCUCUGACGGAGUAUUUCAGCAAAUGCUAUUUCAUCUCCAUUCCGUACCAGGAGUGCAAGAGCAGAAGGAGUACGAGGAAUUACACCGUCCCGGACCCGCCGGGUUUGUUUGACGGCCAUGUGUGGCCCAUGUACCUGAAGCACAGGACAGAGAUGGAGGACAGCCCGUUGACCAUCGAAUAUGUGGACGGUUUGGCUACGAAAGAGGAGACGUACACUCAGGUCUAUGAAGAUAUACAGAACACCCUCCUCAAUCGUUUAUAGCGAGAAGAGGCCUUCCUGUAAAAAUGUGUAAAUAGAACCAACGGCAUUUGUUUCUGUGUAAAUAGCGUACAUUCAUUGUUAAAUUAUCAAAGCCUGUUCUCAUUAGAUGAAUUUUCUCCUAUUUUUUGAUAAGUUUGUGAUUGUUGAGAUUUUUGUACGUAAAAAAGAACACCAAGUGGUACAUUGACCAUUAGCUCACACUCAUCUUCAUUUAGAAAUAAAUACAUGAGUUUUUGAACCCUUGCACUUGUCUUGUCUCCCAAUUGUGAACAAUGUAUGAAAGUUUAGUACAAAAAUAUAUAUUAUUAAAUAAUACGUAUGGCAAGUGAUAUCAGUGAUUUAACAGUAGCACCUCCUUGUGCCAGGGAACAAAGUAAUGAACUAGUCUAUUCGAUCUUGACUGGCAUUACAAAAAUAAUUAUGCCAUAGAUAGAACCAAGUUUGUUGAAAGUCUUAAUCGACUGAUUUGGGAUGGACUUAAGGAAAACAUCCAUAUUAUGCAUUGAUUCAAUGUUAGCUGUAAGUUAUUUUUGGCUAGGGAGAGCUACGUGGCAUGCAUCUAUGUUUGGGAUGUUGGCGGUCAGGCUUGAGGAGGUUUGUCAGAGUGGCUCAAAGACUUAGCACACGUUCCAGACUAUCAGGACUGGAUUUGUGACCCAUGAACUCCGGGCAAGUGACCACAUCACCAAAGGUUCCCUAUUAAAAAUUACUGCCAACUAAAUUAACUCCUUGUUACACUUAACCUCCAUGGAAGAAGAGAACAGCACUGCCAGAACAAAGUUUAUGUUAUAAUAUUGAAAAUCUUUCCAAACCACAGCCUGGAUAAAUAAAGAGAUGUCAUGUUGCAAUUUCUUUCUUGUGGUUCAUCUCAUCGUGUAGCAUCUUAUCCUAUCUAUCUUUGUUGUAUAUAGGGCAUAGGUUAUCACAACAAUUGUUGGUGCUUGGCACUUGAUUCUAUGAACAUCCUUACUGUACAACAGCAAUAUAUUGUUUCUCUUCCUACAAACAUACUUAUUGUAAGUCGCUUUGAAUAAUAGUGUGCUAUAUUCCCAUAAAUGUAAUGUAACUGGUUCUUCCACUUUCAUGAAAAUUCUAAGAUAAGAUAUAAGUAACGGUGAGCAGUACAGUACAGACACAGCAUAAAGAUAGAGAUAGAGUAAGGUGGGAGAUGUCAGGCCCUUCUACAGUUGAAUCCAUCAGAAGCCAUAGUCCAUAGUCUCGGUAACAGCAAUAAUACAAUAUACGAGACAAGAUACAAAAAUCGGAAGAACCCCCGGUUAAGAAUAAAGACCAUUUCCAUAUCAAUACGCACAGUUUUGAGACCAACGUGAAAUAGGCGCAGAUCUUUAAACCUAUAACCCUUUUAUAACAACAUUUAGUAGACUGCAAUUUAAUUUCCAUCAUCCUGUCU